UGUUCUUAACCAAGUGAGUAUGAAGUACCUCUAAUCAAAGUGUGGUGGUGCUAGGCAGGGAGCAUGGUGGUGCAAUGAAUGCCCACGAUGUAGUAAGCUGCGUUCAAGUUAAUUCGAAAUCAUCAGAGAGAAUAUUUGGAAGUCGAGAACAGCAAUAAGAGAGCAAAUGAGUCAUGUUUAUUUUACAGUGUGACCAAACAUGUGUUCUUAUAGUCCUGGACUCAAUAUUUGACGUGUAUUAACGUUUGGGGGCCAACCAUAAGUAAUUGUGCUGACCAGAACACAAGUUAAGCCUUUUCAAGUCCACUCACCACGGCAACCCUCAUUUAUAAACCACUUUUGGUCUUCUCUUUUUCCCUGCCCCAUUUCUUCUAUUUGAAUUUAGAGCAAAACCAUGGUCUCUUUCACUUAGCGCAUUCAACAUCCUAUAAAAUUUUCAGGGCAAGUGCCAAUUGUUCUAUCUAAACUCUUUUCUUGUCAAGUCUUAAUACUCUUCUAUUUAGAAUCUGGUAUGGAUUUUGCAAGCAGAAGGCACUUGAUCAAUGUGUCACGUACGCCAUGUAUGUCACAAGCACUUUCCCCUAUGGCAUUUCAUGGGGAUGUGGUUGUGCAUCCUUCUAGUACUACAAAUUUUCCCUUGAUACCAAUCAUUGUAAUAGGAAUGUUGGCCACAUCUUUCUUUCUUAUGGGCUACUACAUCUUUGUGGUCAAGUGCUGCCUCAAUCGGAACCGUGUUGAUCUUGCAAGAGUUAGAAGAUUUUCUCUAUCAUGGCAACGUGAAGAGCCGUUUGCAUCAGAGCCUAGAGGAUUGGAGGAAGCAGUGAUUCGGUCAAUCCCAGUGAUUCAUUACAAGACUGAAAGAGACAGAGACUUCGGUGGUGAGAGAAGCAUUUGUGAAUGUGUAGUUUGCUUGAAUGAGUUUCACGAAGAUGAGAAGCUCAGGGUUAUACCAAACUGUGGCCAUGUCUUUCACAUUGAUUGCAUAGAUAUUUGGCUUCAAAACAAUGUGAGUUGCCCUCUUUGCAGAAGAUGCAUUUUCUUGACAAGCCAAACCCAUGUUGACCAGCUACUCAUGACUCCAAGACCUUCCCCUCAAUAUCAAAGCCAAAAUGGUGAUAACCUCAUUGGUGGUGAUGGAGAUUUUGUUGUGAUUGUAUUGGAUGAGGAACAUGAGGGUGAACAAAACUUGCAAGGAAGAAAAGAAAGAAGUAAAGACUUGGAGUUGCCAGCAGGUCCUAUUGGUCCUUCACAAAGGAAGUUGGAACAGAGAAUUCUGAAGAAAAAAGCAAGGAAGCUUCAUAAAAUGAUCAGCAUGGAGGAUGGAGCCAAAGAUGAUGAGUUUUCAGUUCAACCCAUUAGGAGAUCUUUCUCCAUGGAGUUAUCAGUGCAUACAUAAGUGGACACCAGGACAUGUCCAUGAGGUCUGUAGACUCUGUUCCAUUGAAGCUUGUGGUUGUGGUGGUAAAGCAAAGAGAACAUUCCUCUCCUUUGGAUAGGGGAGUAGAUCUAGAAAUACACUGUUUUGGCUGUUAUUUUUUAGACCCUUCAAAGUAUUUUGUGUCCUCACCUCUUUUCUUUUUAGAUUAUAUAUGUUUAGUAGACCGAGGAUAUAAAUUGAAUAGGACAUAGGAAUGUUGA